AUUGCCAUCUGUACUUGUACUCGUAUCCAAACCGUAGUGUUAAAUUUGGAUUUUUGCGGCAGCUGAAUUUUGGUGGUGCAUUAAUACCACUGCAGUUUUAAAACAGUUUUGUUUGCACUAAUUGAUUGUAAUCAAAUUUCUUGGGUUCGAAGGAACCCUUUGAAAGAGCCAAAUGGGAACUCAAGACGGUAUUCAAAGCUGUCGCACAGUUGUAUGCGAAGCUCCAGUCAAUAUUGCGGUAAUAAAAUACUGGGGGAAGAAAAACGAAGAUUUGGUUAUUCCACUCAACGACUCCAUCAGUGUUACGCUGGACACAGAACACCUUCGAGCGCGAACCAUCGUGUCACUGGAUCCUACGUCAGAUGGAGUGCAGUUCUCACUGAACGGGAAAGAGGAAACUCCAUCUAAAAGAUUUAUGAAAGUCAUUGCGCUGUGUAAGAGCGAAGCACUGCGGCAAGGUAGUAUUCGCGAGAAUGACACGACGCUGGGACUUCGGAUCGUUAGCGAUAACAACUUCCCAACAGCGGCGGGAUUGGCCUCCUCGGCUGCCGGGAUAUCGUGCUUAGCAAGUGCUUUAAAAGCAGUGUAUGACAUCCAAGGAGACAUUUCAGGAAUAGUCAGGCAAGGAAGCGGAAGUGCUUGUCGAAGUGUUUAUGGGGGAUUUGUCCGAUGGCACACCGGACACGCCGGCGAUGGAUCGGAUUCGGUUGCACAACAAAUACGACCAGCGUCGCACUGGCCUGAACUUCGGGUCCUUAUUCUUGUGGUAAACGAUAAGAAGAAAGAUGUCUCUUCGACGUCGGGAAUGAAGGAAUCUGUAGAUACGAGUGAUCUGCUAAGAUACCGAGCCGAUUUUAUUGCAAAUGCUCGUUGCGAAGCCAUGACCGCUGCCAUUACAGAUAGGAAUUUCGAAAAGUUUGCUGAAUUGACCAUGCGGGACAGUAAUCAAUUCCAUGCAAUCUGCCUGGAUACGUAUCCACCCAUAAUGUACCUGGACGAUACAUCCAAAGCAGUUAUCAAUUUAAUCCAUGCAUACAACCGCAAAAGCGGGAGAAUACUGGCAGCCUACAGUUUCGACGCUGGUCCAAAUCCUUUUCUCUUUACUCUGUCGGAGAAUUUGCAAUCCUUAGUGGAGUUAUUAAGACUGCAGUUUCCAAGCGCGAAUUCCAGUUUUUUGCGUGGAUUAACCGAUUUUUUGUUGAAAUCGCCGGAAAACGUUGAGUAUGGCGAUAUUUUAAAUCCAGUGUCGGACUCGGUACAGUACAUCAUCGUGACUAAGGCUGGAGAAGGACCGAAAACGUCUGUCAACGAGGUUCCAAUGUCGCCCUUUUGCUGACGAACGCGAAGCAAUGACUGAAGAAUAAUUACCUAAAUCUUUUCUAAAGUUUUACUGUUAUUUACGUCCUACGAGUCGGAGUAACAGUUGUUUCGACUUUCCAUGAACGCCAAAGUUUUAUUAAUCUACAGUAAGCGAUUCGGUAAUUCCAGGCGCCGAAAAAUUUAGUUCUGAGUGCUCAGUAAAAAAUUGGUUAACAAUUACUAAUCAUACGAUGUUUCGCGCUCUGGAUGCAAAAGCCACCAUGCUACCAGGAAAUUUCGGCGAUGCUUCCUCGAAUUCCUCCACGGGAAUAGUUAAUAAAGUUCUCAGUGUUUCAAAAUUGGUGCUAGGAGAAGUAGCAAAAUCUUCCGCUAUGUUCUGGAUGUAUUCUGCAAAAACGAACCGAUAAAAACGAAA